UCAUUUUCAACAAAAACUCAAAAAAAUUCCUAGCUAGGAAAAAUGUCUACUACUAAUGCCAUUAUCCUAAAUAUUAAACCAAAAACUUUGUCCAAAAACUUGUUCUUGAAUGGAAUUUUAUGCAAAACCCUAGUUUUCUUAACCCUAAUUCUAUAUCUUAUAUACCUUUUCUUAUCAUCAUCAUCAACAACAACAACAACAUCCCUAUUACAAUUUUCCCCCUCAAAAAACAUCAUCAAAUCAUCAAAACAAUAUUAUUUUAAUUCAAAUAAUAUCAAAACUAAUAUUAGCCAUUUAGUUUUUGGAAUUGCAGCCUCAUCAAACACAUGGGGUAAAAAAAAACAUUACAUAAAUUCUUGGUGGAAACCAAAUAUAACUAAGGGUUAUCUUUUCUUAGAUAGAACCCCAAAUGAUGAACACUUACCAUGGCCUAAUAUCUCUCCUCCUUAUAGAAUUUCUAGUGACAAUUCGCGGUACAUGCCUUACAACAAACAUGGAAUGCCAUUCGCGAUUAGAAUGGUGAGAGUGAUUGAGGAAACGUUCAUGGAAGAACAUGACUCUAGUACUGUUAGAUGGUACGUUAUGGCUGACGAUGACACUGUAUUGAUGAUUGAAAAUUUGGUCAAUGUGUUAUCAAAGUAUGAUCAUAUGAAAUACUAUUAUGUUGGGAUGAAUUCAGAGUGUAUUGUGAGUAAUUUUGGAAUGUCAUUUCAAAUGGCAUUUGGUGGUGCUGGUUAUGCAUUGAGUUACCCUUUAGCACAAGCUUUGGCUAAGAAUAUGGAUACUUGUAUUAAAAGGUAUCCAUAUUUGUAUGGAAGUGAUCAUAUUUUACAAGCUUGUAUUGCUGAUUUAGGAGUCACUAUUACACUAGAAAAAGGGUUUCAUCAAAUCGACUUGCGUCGCGAUAUAUCAGGAUUUUUAUCGGCUCAUCCACAAUCACCAUUUAUAUCACUCCAUCAUCUUGACUUAGUAUCACCAAUUUUUCCUUCAAUGAACCAUUAUGAUGCCUUGAAUCAUCUAAUGAAAGCAGCAAGUGUUGAUCAAUCUAGACUAUUACAACAAAGUGUAUGUUACAAUAAGAUACACAAUUGGACAUUUUCAGUAUCAUGGGGAUAUUCAGUACAAAUUUAUGACAAAAUUAUACCACAAAGUUAUCUUCAAACUCCAAUUGAGACAUUUGGUGAAUGGAGAAAAGGUGCAUGGCCACCUUAUAUGUUUAAUAUUAGAAAAUUCAAUAAUUAUUCUUCAUGUGGUGAAGUUCCAAAUAUUUUGUUUUUUGAUUCUUUUGAGGGUACUAAGUUGAAUCAUUUUGUGACAACAUAUGUCAAGAAAAAUCAUAGGAUUUGUGCCAAUAAUGAUGAUGAUGAUCAUUCUUCUAAUGGUGUCAUGAAAGUUCAUGUGUUUUCACCUAUGGAUAAGCUUCAUGUGGGGGAUGGUAAUAGAAAAGAAUGUUGUGACAUUAUUCAACCAAUUGGAAUGGACUCAAUGGCCAUCAAACUAAGGACUUGUAUGAAACAUGAAAUUAUUGCUUGAGAAAAAAAAUUGUUAUAAAAUAUUAUAACAUGAAUGUCCGAUACAUUAAAAAGUUAUCCUCACUCAUUAUUUACAUUAUUUUUCUUCGAUUAUGAAGAAUUUUUUUGUCCGCUGUAUCAAAAAGUUACUCUCACUCAUUAUCUGCAUUACUUUCCUUUGAUUAUGAAGAUUUUUUAGGGGGGAAAAAUUGAUUAUAUGAAGAGAACAUAUACUGCUUUAGUAGCCGAUAAGUUGAUUACAUCACUAUUACUUCCUAACGUAUUAUUUUGACGUUAAACAGAGAAUAAUGGUUAGUUGAAAUUCAUAUAGUUAUCUUCAACUUGUUUAAGAUUAAGACACAAGUGAUAAUUGCAAUAAAAAAAGAAGUUCGAAAAUACUUCUAUUAAUAACUAUAUAGGUGCUAGAAAAAGAAAAUCGAUCAUUCUUACGUCAAUUUAAGUUAAAUAAUUUAAUGAGAUUAGUACGCUAGCAAUGUAAUUUAUCUUGAUAAUCCAUAUUAAUUAUUUUUUUAUUACAUACUCCAUCAAUAUUAUUAAAAAUAGGAUUACUUGAUA